AUGAAAUCAGUAUCCUGGGAAGAAAGGGGCAUACGUGUUGAUGGAAGAUUUCUUUCGAACCUUCGUUUCGCGGACGACAUCGUUCUCUUUUCGAGCAGUACCAAUGAAGCAGAAACGAUGCUCAACGAAUUGAACGAAGCAGGGAAGAGAAUAGGACUACGAAUAAACGGAAAGAAGACACAGUUCAUGAAGAACGCCCACUGCGAGGACGGAGGAGUACAACUUGAAGGCUUCCAAAUCGUGAAGACUCCGUCAUAUAAAUACCUCGGACGUUCUAAGAACAUGGAAAACGACUUGAAGGAAGAACUGAAUAGAAGAAUGAGAGCUGCAUGGGCAGCAUUCGCAGCCGUCAGGGAAGCUACGGACCAGCUGACGGACCAAGAUCUUCGUGCCAUCUGUUCGACUCGACAGUCCUUCCAGCGCUCUGUUACGCAGCGGAGACGUGGGCAGACACCGAGGCCACGUCUAGGAAGCUACUUACUACCCACAGAGCUCUUGAGAGAUGUCUCCUGA